UAACUGUCGGUGUUCUUGAAACGACGGAAGGCACAGAAGCCAAUAAGAGAUCGGCGACUUCGGCCCAAAAGAAGCGUCGCACGCAUCCGUUCAGUCGUCAUAUUAGCACAUCAUAUUAGUACGUCAUACAACAUAAAAGAAGAAAUGAUGAAUGUCCUACGAAUGAGAGUACUAAAUCCUAUUAUUAAAUGUUGUCAUUUAAAUGUAUUCGUCAACUCAAUCAUGGGUUUUGAGUACUAGACAAAAGAAAUGUCGCAUCAUUUAACAAAGAAUACCUUAGCAUCGUGGCCGGUUUCCCCUUCCAUUACUCAUAAAUAAAGGAGCAAACAAUGUGCUUUGAGUCUCCGAUCUAACGCGGAUCAAGACUUGACUGAACGAAGCCCAGCAGGUCAACGUUGCCCUCUCUGCCUUGAUCAGCUUGUCGUCCCACUCUCCUCCUCCUUGGAUCCACCGGAAUCAAAUUUCCAUCCGUGCGAGAGAUAGAGAUAGAUGACUACGCUUCCCUAUGCCUCGCACCUCCACCACCCGAGCCAUACUCACUGCCUCGAGCUCUCCGACCUCUCGAACUUGCCGGUGCAUGCCGCCCCCGACCUUCGCCUGCUGUGCUCCGGUUGCAGGUGCCAAGCCUCAGGACUCAUCUACUCAUGCGAGCGUUGCAACUUUGCCCUCCAUGCACCAUGCGCCCAUAUGCCGCCCCUCGUCGCCCAUCAAGGCCACAAAACGUACCCUCUCAAGCUCCUCGCCACCCCCACAUAUGCCCGUGGCCGGUUCGAUUGUGAUGGGUGCGGCCAACGAGGUCGUGGCUUCAGCUAUCACUGCGCCGAGUGCACCUACGAUCUCCGCAUUGUCUGUGCAUCGAAGCCCUUGCGAAUCCACGACCAGUCUCACUGUCACGUGCUCCAUCUUACUUUUAACUGUCCGUACGAGAUAAGAGGGUUUAACGGCGAUAUCUGCACUGCCACGGGGGGUGAUCACUGGAUGUACCGCUGCAGUUACCGUAAUUUCGACGUGCAUUUAGAAUGUGCUAAGGCUAGGCCUGUUCAGGCCGUAACACCAGCACCUCCACAGGCAUCAUCCGUGGCGGCCGCACAGCCGGUUUACAUUCCUUCGGGAUCGAAUCCUCAGUACCAAUAUCAAACUCCCGCGGUUUGAGGGCAAAGAAACAUGCAGGGAGUUAUAUAUAACCCUAACGCUUUGAAUAUAGGGAGUUCUCAACAUCAAGCGCAACCCAUUAUGUGGCCACCGGCUACCGGGUUCGGAGCUUCUCCUCUGGUGGCGGCGGCCGAGCGAUGUUUGGUCCAGGGCAUUGCCCAACAGGUCGGUCAGGACCUCGUUCAGGAUGUGACGGGCGGCGGCGACGGUGGCGGUGUCCUUGAUUUCUCUUCUUUUCCGGACUUUUUUUAAGUUGUGUCCGGCAUAGGCUGGGUACCAACUGAUUGCUGGUUAACUUGGAUCGGCCUUAAAGAGAAAACCUAAGUAGGUUCUGCCUGUAAAUUCUGUGUUUGGAGGUCCUUCUUCUUAUGUGGUCGACGUUUACUUAUUAAAUGUGU